GACGACUGCGACAGUUUGACUGGAGGUUCGGGUUCGGGAUGUGGGCGCGGUGGCUGGUCCGGUGCGGGGGUUCGGGGCUCGGAGUGAGGGCUUCCAGGGAUGGGUUGCUUCGGCUCUCGGGGUGUUCGGGGAAGAGGCAGCAGCUCCGGCAGGCUUCUGGAGCAGAGGGAGCGUUAAAGAAGACGCCUCUGUUCGACUUCCACAAAGCACAGGGGGGGAAGAUGGUGGAGUUUGCCGGGUGGAGCAUGCCGGUGCAGUACAAGGACAGUCACAUCGUGUCACACAUGCACACCAGAGAACAGUGCUCCAUCUUCGACGUCAGUCACAUGCUGCAGACCAAAGUUCAUGGAAAAGACAGAGUAAAGUUCAUGGAGUCUCUGGUUGUUGCCGACAUUUCUGAGCUUCAGGACAACCAGGGAACGCUGUCCCUCUUCACCAACAACAAAGGUGGGAUCAUAGAUGAUCUCAUAGUCACCAAAACCGACCAGGGCUACCUCUAUGUUGUCUCCAACGCCGGCUGUGCCGACAAGGACUCUGCUCUCAUGAAGGCAAAGCUGGCUGAGUACAAAGCUGCGGGGUUUGAUGUCGAUCUGGAGUUUCUUGAAGAGGCGCUGAUCGCUGUCCAAGGCCCUACAAUGGCCCGGGUGCUCCAGCAGGGGAUGACAGACGACCUCAGUAAGCUGACCUUCAUGACCUCUACAUUGGCUACUGUCUUUGGUGUCCCGGACUGCAGGGUCACCCGCUGUGGAUACACUGGAGAGGAUGGUGUGGAGAUCUCUGUUCCUCAGUCCAGAGUGGUGGAGUUGACAGAAAAGCUUCUGGCAAACACGAGUGUGAAGCUGGCAGGUCUGGGCGCCCGAGACAGUCUGAGGCUCGAGGCUGGGCUUUGUCUCUAUGGCAACGACAUUGAUGAGACCACCACACCUGUGGAGGCCACCCUUGUUUGGACCAUAGGGAAGCGCCGACGUCAAACCAAAGGUUUUCCUGGCGCUGACAUCAUUGUACCUCAGAUCAAAGCCAAGACGGCGAGAAAGAGAGUGGGUCUGGUGUCCACUGGACCUCCUGUCAGACCACACACACCAAUACUCAGUCCAGAUGGAAAGGUCAUAGGUGAGGUGACCAGCGGCUGCCCCUCUCCGUGCCUGAAGAAGAACAUUGCCAUGGGCUACGUGGACUCGGCUUUUGCUAAGAAUGGAACUGCAAUUCAGGUGGAGGUCAGGAAGAAAGCUGUGCCUGCCACCGUCAGCAAGAUGCCAUUUGUACCCACCAACUACUACUCAGGAUAAACACUCAGCCUCACAUCACUUCAACCAUCUGGACCAAAUCAGUGUUACCAUUCUUAAAACCCUCAGUAUCGACUGAGAUAGGUGAAGAAGCUGUUGGUUUAUUUACAAUGAUGUGUGUCUUGUAUCACGAGACAAGUGAAGCGACACGCUGACAGGCUGUACAUGAGAAGAACACUGUGUUUUUUUAUCAUAACCAAACAAAAACAGUGGUUGUAUUUGGCCUCUUUCAUUUGAACGCCUCUUGUGUGUGACGCACUAAUAACAAAUAAUGAUAAAUCAUUUUCUAACUUGCUGGUAUAAUGAAGUUUUCUCAUGUGCACUACCUGAUAAUUAUAUAUGUGAUCAAGUCUUGCACUGCUUGAAAAUGUGAGCUGUUGAUUUUCAAUAAUGAUAUUUUUUCCUGACAAUGACUGCUGAUGAAAUCUGUAUUUUUAACACUGUGAGUCCUAGUUUUGUCAUAGCUUUCUCCAGAUUUCUCUUGACUGCUGUGUGUUUGAUACUGUAUUGUUUUCAAGAGCAUUUUAAAAAGUAGUUAUUUUGGCAUUGAAUUGAA